UAGAGCAUUGAUUAGCUUUCUAUGCACUUUACAGUUUGGUUCUUUUUUGUGAAAUUGUGGAUCAGUAGUUAAAUAAAUUAUUGUCUUAAUACAAUGCUACGAUAUCGUAUUUAUUAACCAGCCCAUAAAUUCAAACAAAAUGAAGAAAGAACGCACUGGUGAUAACUGCAGACCGUUUAAAUUAGCUCAUCAGAUAUUAAGUUUAACUGGAAUAAGCUUUGAAAGGAGGAGUAUUAUUGGUUUUGUAGAACUGACGAUUGUUCCACUUAAAGAUAACUUACGCUACAUUCGGCUCAAUGCUAAACAGUGUCGCAUCUAUCGUGUAUGUCUGAAUGAUCAGUAUGAAGCCAAUUUUCAAUAUUGUGAUCCAUUUCUCGAUAUCUGUCAGGCUGAUCCCAAUACGAGAUCAUUGGAAGUCUUCUCUCAGUAUCACUUAGCAGCGGCUCAAAAAAUAGACCCAGAUCACAAUUCAGGCGAACUUCACAUCCAAGUUCCUGAUGAAGCUGCCCAUCUGGUGGGGGAGGGAAGAGGGCUGCGGAUUGGAAUCGAGUUCUCUUUGGAGUCGCCGCAAGGUGGCAUGCACUUUGUUGUGCCUGAAGGAGAAGGGAGUCUUGUGGAGAAAUCAGCUCACAUGUUCACCUACGGCCACUCUUCCCGCCUCUGGUUCCCCUGCGUGGACAGCUAUGCUGAGCCAUGCACCUGGAAGCUGGAGUUCACUGUUGAUGAGAGUUUAACUGUAGUGUCUUGUGGGGAGUUGGUUGAUGUGAUAUUCACUCCGGACCAUCGACGAAAGACAUUCCAUUAUGUAGUGAACACACCAGCUUGUGCACCUAACAUAGGUUUGGCUAUUGGUCCUUUCGAGACAUUUGUUGAUCCAUUCAUGAAUGAAGUGACCCAUUAUUGUCUGCCACAUUUGUUACAAAUUUUGAAGAACACAGUAAGGACAUUACAUGAAGCUUUUGAGUUUUAUGAAGAAACUUUGUCUACAAGGUACCCAUAUCCUUGCUACAAACAAGUAUUUGUGGAUGAGACGGAAGAAGAUGCCACAGCUUACACGACCAUGUCAAUAAUGAGCACCCACCUUCUCCACUCGAUCGCGAUCAUCGACCAGGGCUACAUCAGCCGCCGGGCCAUGGCCCAAGCCGUGGCCGAACAGUUCUUCGGCUGUUUCAUCACAAUGCAGAACUGGUCUGACUUGUGGCUCGCUAAGGGUAUACCGAAUUACCUCUGCGCUUUGUACAUUAAGAAGUGUUUCGGGAAUAAUGAGUAUAGAUAUUGGAUUCAUCAGGAACUGCAAGAGGUGGUGAGUUACGAAGAGCAAUACGGCGGAAUAAUUCUGGAUCCGUGGCAGCCGCCCGCCACGGGCGCGCGUCCUGACGUCAAGGAUUUCUACUUCCCCGUGCGGAAUGUCCACACCAUGUCUCCUAGAUAUAUGGAGGUCAUGCGAAAAAAAUCGCACCUGGUACUGCGUAUGUUGGAGCAGCGUAUUGGCCAAGAGCUGUUACUACAAGUCUUCAACAAGCAAUUGUCUCUGGCCACGCAAGCGGCCAACACGAAAAUCGGCAGUAGACUUUGGGGCCAGCUGCUGUUAUCAACUAAUUCAUUUGUGAAAGCAAUAUUCACGGUGACAGGGAAACAUAUGGCCGUGUUCGUUGAUCAGUGGGUCCGGACGGGCGGACACGCGAAAUUCCAUCUCACUUCAGUUUUCAAUCGGAAAAGAAACACGAUCGAGCUGGAGAUCCGUCAAGACCACGUCCACGACCGGGGCAUACGCAAAUACGUCGGCCCCCUACUAGUGCAGUUGCAGGAACUGGACGGCACAUUCAAACACACGCUGCAGAUAGAGAACACGGUCGUCAAGGCGGACAUCACGUGCCACAGCAAGAACAGAAGGAAUAAGAAAAAGAAGAUACCACUGUGUACUGGAGAAGAAGUCGAUAUGGAUCUGUCGGCUAUGGAUGACUCUCCAGUACUCUGGAUCCGUCUCGACCCCGAGAUGUCGCUCUUGCGCAGCACCGUGAUAUCCCAGCCGGACUACCAAUGGCAGUACCAAUUGCGACACGAACGUGACGUCACAGCUCAAAGCGAGGCCAUAGACGCGUUGCACAAUUAUCCAGAACCAUCGACAAGGAAAGCCCUCACGGAUACCAUAGAGAACGAACACGCGUAUUAUAAGAUUAGGUGCAGAGCUGCGCAUUGUUUGACCAAGGUAGCGAACGCAAUGAUCAGUUCGUGGGCGGGCCCGCCGGCAAUGUUAACGAUAUUCCGCAAGAUGUUUGGCUCAUUCUCAGCGCCGCAUAUAAUAAAACAGAACAAUUUCGAUAAUCUGCAACAUUAUUUCCUGCAGAAGACCAUACCCGUCGCAAUGGCAGGUUUACGAAACAUUCACGGCAUAUGUCCUCCAGAGGUAGUUCGGUUCCUGCUGGACCUGUUCAAGUAUAACGACAACUCUAAGAAUCAUUUUUCGGACAACUAUUAUAAAGCUGCGUUGGUGGACGCUUUAGCUGCUACCAUUACACCUGUCAUAUCAGUAUUGCAACCUGGUGCGCCCAUAACUGCGGAUUCGCUGUCGGCCGACACAAAACUGGUGUUAGAAGAAAUAACGAGAGUGUUGAAUUUGGAGAAAGUGUUGCCAUGCUACAAGAACACUGUGUCAGUGAGCUGUCUGCGGGCGAUCCGCCGCUUGCAGCAGUGUGGCCAUCUGCCGAGCAUUCCCACCAUAUUCAGGGCUUAUGCCCAGUAUGGACAAUAUAUUGACGUGAGGUUGGCCGCGUUUGAAUGCCUAGUAGACUUCGUGCGGGUGGACGGCAAGCCGGAAGACCUGUCAGCUCUACUGACGGCAGUGGAGAGCGACGCGGACCCGGGCGUGCGGCACGGGCUGGCGCGGCUGCUGAUCAGCAACCCGCCCUUCGAGCGCGCGCAGCGACAUCGUCUGGACACCGAGGCUGUGGUGCACAGGUUAUGGAACAACAUAAAUAGUCUUUUAUCAAACGAUGCAAAGUUAAGGUGUGACCUUGUCGACCUGUAUUACACUUUGUAUGGGCCGAAGCGACCGAUUUGCGUGCCGUUGCCCGAAAUACAGGCCAUGAUGAAACAAAUGCAACACAAGGAACGCGAGAGAUUAGAAAGAGAAAGGGAGCGGGAGCGGGAUAGGGAGAAAGAGAGAUGGGAAGAAAUUGAGACGCAGCCGGCGAUUAAGCAGGAGAUUCAAGAUGGCAUAAAAUUGGAACCUGACGUGGGUCCCAUAACAGAGUCCCAGUCGGUAGUGCCUCCUCUGAUGGAGACCGAUAUCAAAGACGAUGGUCUGCCUGUCCCGCUGUCCAGCAUCAAAGAGGAAGACGUCAAAGUUGACGUCACCACUGUGCAGGAUGUCAAUCCACAUAUGUUUGGUGUGGAUGACACAAAGCGCGAGUACGUAUCAGACAACGCGGUGCCGUUACCUGGAAUCCCUGGCUCUUCAGGACCCAUCGGGUUUGAACCCGGCAUGUUCCGACACGACAAAGAUGACAUCGGCGCUCCUAAGGCCAAGAAGAAGAAGAAAGAGAAAAAGAAGCACAAACAUAAGCAUAAACACAAACACAGCAGCAAGGACAAGGCAAAGGAGCACAAAGACAGAGAUCGCUCGAUGUUACCCAGGCCUCCAUCUAGCACUGAACAUCUAAAAAUUAAAGAGGAGACGAGAGAAACAUUAAGUUCGUUUAGUUCCAGCCAGAGCCCUUCUGAAGAUGUUUCCUCAAUGCCUAGUAAUAUGAGUUUCUGAACAAAUAAAUUGUGUACGCGAGAUGAAUGUAUGUGUUAGAGUAGUAAGGAAAAUUGGCAAAAUACCGCUUGUUGCUACGGUAUUUUUCCGUCUGUAUUUGACAAAGAGAUUAGAGAAAUUGUUUGUUUCUUUAAUGCCUAGUGUUAUCAUCGUUUGAAUGGGUUAGAGCGAAUGAGAAGAACUGUUAGAAUAUUCUAGAAUUCAUUAUCUUUCGGAUACGGUCACUAUAUUAUGUUUUUUGGAAACCUAUAAUUUGAGUACUAAGUAUAAUGAGCCACAUGGUGAAGACUCGAAUAUUGUAACAAAGACGGAUAUAAGAAUAAUAAAAAUAUAUUUCUAUUAAA